GCACGCACACGUUGCAUCCCGGCUUUCGGCCAGGUUGGGGUGGACUCGAACGGGCGGGCGCACUGACCAGGGAGACCAGCUCACCGGCGGAGAUGGCAGCGCUCUGUCUAACCGUGAAUUCCGGGGACCCUCCCUUGGGAGCUUUGCUGGCAGUGGAACACUUGAAAGGUGACGUCAGUAUUUCUGUUGAAGAAGGGAAAGAGAAUAUUCUUCGUGUUUCUGAAAAUGUUGUAUUCACAGAUGUAAAUUCCAUACUUCGCUACAUGGCUAGAGUUGCAAAUAGAGUUGGGCUUUAUGGCUCUAACCUGCUGGAGCAUACUGAGGUUGAUCAUUGGUUGGAAUUCAGUGCCACAAAGUUGUCUUCUUGUGAUAAGUUUACUUCCGCUGUCAAUGAGCUCAAUCAUUGCCUGUCUCUGAGAACAUACUUAGUUGGAAACUCAUUGAGCUUAGCAGAUUUAUGUGUGUGGGCCACCCUGAAAGGCAGUGCUGCAUGGCAGGAACAGUUCAAAGAGAACAAAACUCCAGUUCAUGUGAAACGCUGGUUCAGCUUUCUUGAUGCCCAGGAAGCCUUCCAGUCCGUUGGCUCUAAGUGGGGAGUUUCCGUAAACAAGGCUAAUAAAGCACCUGAGAAAAAGCAAGACAUUGGGAAAUUUGUUGAGCUUCCAGGUGCAGAGAUGGGAAAGGUUACUGUCAGAUUUCCUCCAGAGGCUAGUGGUUACUUACACAUUGGGCAUGCAAAAGCUGCUCUUCUGAACCAGCACUACCAGGUUAACUUUAAAGGGAAACUGAUCAUGAGAUUUGAUGACACAAAUCCUGAAAAAGAGAAGGAAGAUUUUGAGAAGGUUAUCUUGGAAGAUGUUGCGAUGUUGCACAUCAAACCAGAUCAGUUUACUUACACCUCAGAUCAUUUUGAAACUAUAAUGAAAUAUGCCGAGAAGCUCAUCCAAGAAGGCAAGGCUUACGUGGACGAUACACCUGCUGAGCAGAUGAAAGCGGAACGUGAGCAGAGGCUAGAAUCCAAACAUAGACAAAACUCAAUUGAGAAGAAUCUACAAAUGUGGGAAGAAAUGAAAAAAGGGAGCCAGUUUGGUCAGACGUGCUGUUUGCGAGCAAAAAUCGACAUGAAUAGUAACAAUGGAUGCAUGAGGGAUCCAACCCUUUAUCGCUGCAAAAUUCAGCCACACCCAAGAACUGGCAGUAAAUACAAUGUUUAUCCAACAUAUGAUUUCGCCUGCCCCAUAGUUGACAGCAUUGAAGGUGUUACACAUGCAUUGAGAACAACAGAAUACCAUGACAGAGAUGAGCAGUUUUACUGGAUUAUUGAAGCCUUAGGCAUAAGGAAGCCGUAUAUAUGGGAAUAUAGCCGGCUCAAUCUCAACAACACAGUGCUAUCCAAAAGAAAGCUCACAUGGUUUGUCAACGAAGGACUGGUAGAUGGAUGGGAUGACCCACGAUUUCCUACUGUUCGUGGUGUACUGAGAAGGGGGAUGACAGUUGAAGGACUCAAACAGUUUAUUGCUGCUCAGGGCUCCUCGCGGUCGGUUGUGAACAUGGAGUGGGACAAAAUCUGGGCAUUUAACAAAAAGCUGCGAGCUCUCUGUAAGAAGGUUAUCGACCCUGUGGCUCCACGAUAUGUUGCAUUAUUGAAAAAAGAGGUGGUCCCAGUGAAUGUCCCUGAGGCUCGGGAGGAGAUGAAAGAAGUUGCCAAGCACCCAAAGAAUCCAGAUGUGGGCUUGAAGCCUGUGUGGUACAGCCCCCAAAUUCUCAUCGAAGGUGCUGAUGCAGAGACCCUGUCUGAGGGGGAGAUGGUUACGUUUAUCAACUGGGGCAACAUCAACAUCACCAAGAUACACAAAAAUGCAGAUGGAAAAAUUCUAUCUCUUGAUGCAAAAUUGAAUUUGGAGAACAAGGACUACAAGAAAACCACUAAGAUCACUUGGCUUGCAGAGACUGCACAUGCGCUUCCCGUCCCGGCAAUCUGUGUCACCUACGAGCACUUGAUCACAAAGCCGGUGCUCGGAAAAGAUGAAGACUUCAAGCAGUAUGUCAACAAGGACAGUAAGCGUGAAGAACUAAUGCUAGGUGACCCCUGCCUUAAGGAUCUGAAAAAAGGAGACAUUAUACAGCUCCAGAGAAGAGGGUUCUUCAUCUGUGACCAGCCUUACGAACCUGUAAGCCCAUACAGUUGCAAAGAAGCCCCAUGCAUUUUGAUUUAUAUUCCUGAUGGCCAUACAAAGGAAAUGCCAACAUUUGGCUCAAAGGAAAAGACCAAAGGAGAAGCCAUAAAAACUGAGAAAACUCCUGUUAAAGAAAAGCCAGCACCUUCUGUACCGAAUGCUUGCGCUGCCUCUGAGGAUCCCGUGCUCCUUUACAGCAGAGUGGCUGCACAGGGGGACGUGGUUCGUGAACUGAAAACCAAAAAAGCAGCAAAGGAAGAUGUAGAUACUGCCGUAAAAAAGCUAUUGGCUUUGAAAGCUGAGUACAAGGAGAAGACUGGCCAGGAAUACAAACCUGGAAAUCCUCCCGCUGCUGUCGCACAGAACAGUUCUAAGUCGUCAGCAAGUGUUCUGGAAAGUAAAUCUCUGUAUGAUGAGGUUGCUGCCCAAGGAGAGGUCGUGCGUCAGCUGAAAGCUGAAAAGGCCCCGAAGGCUAAAGUUAACGAAGCUGUAGAACGCUUGCUGUCCCUGAAAGCUGAGUAUAAAGAAAAAACUGGGAAGGAGUAUGUACCUGGUCAGCCCCCUUUGUCUCAAAGCACAGAUUCAAAACCUGCUGGGAACUCUGAGCCUGUGGGCCCAGAAACUUCAGACGCCAAGGCACUGUUUGACAGAGUAGCUUGCCAAGGGGAAGUAGUUCGAAAACUCAAAGCGGAAAAAGCCUCCAAAGACCAAAUAGAUGCAGCCGUACAGGAACUCUUGCAGCUGAAGGCACAGUAUAAGUCCCUCACGGGUGUGGAAUAUAAGCCUGUGUCUGCCACUGGAGCUGAGGACAAAGACAAGAAGAAGAAAGAAAAAGAAAAUAAGUCUGAAAAGCAAAAUAAGCCUCAGAAACAAAAUGAUGGCCAAAAGAAAGAUGCUUCCAAAAGCCAAGGAAGUGGGCUGUCAUCCAGUGGAGCAGGAGAAGGGCAGGGGCCUAAGAAGCAGACCAGAUUGGGUCUUGAGGCAAAAAAGGAAGAAAAUCUUGCUGAUUGGUAUUCCCAGGUUAUCACAAAAUCAGAAAUGAUUGAAUACUAUGAUGUCAGUGGCUGCUAUAUUCUUCGCCCCUGGGCAUAUUCCAUUUGGGAAUCCAUCAAGGACUUUUUUGAUGCUGAGAUCAAGAAACUUGGUGUUGAAAACUGCUAUUUCCCCAUAUUUGUGUCUCAAAGUGCAUUAGAGAAAGAGAAGACGCAUGUUGCUGACUUUGCCCCUGAGGUUGCUUGGGUCACACGAUCUGGCAAAACAGAGCUGGCAGAGCCGAUUGCCAUUCGCCCUACCAGUGAAACAGUGAUGUAUCCUGCCUAUGCCAAGUGGGUGCAGUCACACAGAGACCUGCCCAUCAGGCUUAACCAGUGGUGCAAUGUGGUGCGUUGGGAGUUCAAGCACCCUCAGCCUUUUCUGCGUACCCGUGAGUUCCUUUGGCAGGAAGGACACAGCGCGUUCGCUACCUUUGAAGAAGCAGCAGAAGAGGUCUUGCAGAUACUUGAUUUAUACGUUCGGGUCUAUGAAGAACUCCUGGCAAUUCCUGUCGUAAAAGGAAGAAAGACUGAGAAGGAGAAGUUUGCAGGAGGAGACUAUACCACUACACUAGAAGCAUUUAUAUCUUCCAGUGGAAGAGCGAUCCAGGGAGCAACUUCGCAUCAUUUAGGACAGAAUUUUUCCAAAAUGUGUGAAAUAGUUUUUGAAGAUCCAAAGACGCCGGGGGAGAAGCAGUUUGCCUAUCAGUGCUCCUGGGGUCUGACAACCCGGACUAUUGGUGUCAUGGUCAUGGUUCAUGGCGACAACAUGGGUUUAGUGUUACCACCACGGGUAGCCUCUGUCCAGGUGGUGGUGAUUCCUUGUGGCAUUACAAAUGCACUCUCUGAAGAAGACAGAGAAGCUCUGGUUGCAAAGUGCAACGAUUAUCGAAGGCGGUUGCUGAGUGUUAGCAUUCGCGUCCGAGCUGACUUGCGAGACAAUUACUCACCAGGUUGGAAAUUCAAUCACUGGGAGCUCAAGGGAGUUCCAAUUAGACUUGAAGUUGGGCCACGUGAUAUGAAGAAUUGUCAGUUUGUAGCUGUCAGACGAGAUACUGGAGAAAAGCUGACAAUUGCUGAAAAUGAAGCUGAGACUAAACUUCAGACCAUUUUGGAAGAUAUCCAGGCUAACCUUUUCGCAAGGGCGUCUGAAGACCUUAGGACUCAUAUGGUUGUAGCUGAUACAAUGGAAGAGUUUCAGAAGAUUCUAGAUUCUGGAAAGAUUGCUCAGAUUCCAUUCUGUGGGGAAAUUGAGUGUGAAGACUGGAUCAAAAAGACCACUGCCAGGGAUCAAGAUCUUGAACCUGGUGCUCCGUCCAUGGGAGCUAAAAGCCUUUGCAUCCCCUUCAAACCACUUCGCGAGCUGCAGCCUGGGGCUAGAUGCGUCUGUGGCAGGAAUCCUGCCAAGUUCUACACCUUGUUUGGUCGCAGUUACUAAGGAUAUGACAAAAUUCCCUCUUCAGCCUUCCUCAUUUUUUAAAAAAAAUUGGUACUGAUAUCUUCUCAGACUCAGUUUUAUGAUUUUUUUAAAUAAAAGUUCUAAAAGGUCACAUGUGACAAACAACCAUUCGUAUGCCUAAAUUCACAGUGGAAUAAAGGAUUUUCUGUCAACAACCCCAGUAAUAAACAUCAUAAACUAUUA